CUGUAUUUGCCGGGUACUGGAGGUCGGGCAUGCCCAUGAAACAUCCACUGCGAAAUGCUCUGCCAACGCCGAAAAGAGUGUGAUUGACACGAAAUAUCAGAGACAUGUGCCACAAACUACUCUUUAAAUUAUAUUUACGCAUGCGCUGCCUGGCUACAAGUUGAAUAUAAGCGCGUAGAAAAGACGGAGGAGCGCCGAAAAGUGUCCGUCCGGUUUGUCCUACAAAGGCGCCGAGAGUUUGACAGCGGCAGGACCUCAGUGCGCAGGCCUGACGUUAGGUAAACUGCCGGAGGAGGACGGCGUCCAAAGGACUCCAUGAGACAAUAAACACGGUCCUUUCUGAAGAGGGAAGCGAGCUAAAACAUGAGGAAGGACGUGAGGAUACUGCUGGUCGGGGAGCCCAAGGUGGGGAAGACAUCACUGAUAAUGUCUCUGGUCAGUGAGGAGUUUCCCGAUGAGGUUCCUCUCCGAGCGGAGGAGAUCACCAUCCCUGCUGAUGUCACCCCAGAGAGGGUGCCCACACACAUUGUGGACUACUCAGAGGCAGAACAGUCAGAUGAACAGCUGUACCAAGAAAUCUCAAAGGCGAAUGUAAUCUGCAUAGUUUACUCAGUCAACAACAAGAAGUCCAUUGAAAAGGUGACAAGCCACUGGAUUCCCCUCAUCAAUGACAGAACAGACAAGGACAGCAGGGUACCACUGAUCCUUGUGGGGAACAAGUCGGACCUGGUGGAACACAGCAGCAUGGAGACCAUCCUGCCAAUCAUGAAUCAGUACCAGGAUAUUGAGACCUGUGUAGAGUGCUCUGCCAAAAACCUGAAGAAUAUCUCCGAGCUGUUCUACUACGCUCAGAAGGCUGUUCUCCACCCGACCGGACCUCUGUACUGCCCAGAGGAGAAGGAGUUGAAGCCGUCUUGCAUUAAGGCUUUAACUAGAAUCUUUAAAGUGUCUGACCUGGACAACGACGGCAUCCUAAAUGACAAUGAGCUCAAUUUCUUCCAGAGGACGUGUUUCAAUACACCGCUGGCGCCUCAGGCCUUAGAGGAUGUGAAGAACGUGGUCAGGAGGAACAUGACAGAUGGAGUCAAGGAUAACGGACUCACACUCAAAGGCUUCUUGUUCCUGCACACCCUCUUCAUCCAGCGAGGCAGACACGAGACCACCUGGACUGUGCUGAGGAGGUUUGGUUAUGACGAUGACCUGGAGCUCACACAGGAAUACCUGUUCCCCAUGAUAAAGAUCCCCCCAGACUGCACCACAGAGCUUAACCACAACGCUUACCUCUUCCUCCAGAGUGUCUUUGAUAAACAUGACAAAGACCGGGACUGUGCGCUGUCGCCAGAGGAGGUGAAGGACUUGUUCAAAGUGUUUCCCUACAUGCCCUGGGGUCCGGAUGUGAACCACACGGUCUGCACUAACGAACAGGGGUGGAUCACAUACCAGGGAUACCUCUCCCAGUGGACGUUAACAACGUAUCUAGAUGUACAACGUAGUUUGGAGUAUUUAGGUUAUCUUGGCUAUUCUAUCAUCUACGAACAAGAGUCCCAAGCUGCCGCCAUUACAGUGACACGUAACAAGCGCAUCGAUUUGCAGAAGAAACAGACCCAGCGUAGUGUCUUCCGCUGCAAUGUCUUGGGCGCCCGGGGCAGCGGGAAGAGUGGCUUCCUUCAAGCUUUCCUUGGCAAGAACCUGCAGAAACAGAGGCGGAUUAGAGAAGACCACAAGUCGUUCUAUGCCAUCAGCACGACCUAUGUUUACGGUCAGGAGAAGUACCUGCUGCUCCACGAGGUGAUGCCAGAUUUUGACUUCCUGUCAGAGACGGACCUAGCCUGUGAUGUAGUCUGCCUGGUGUAUGACAUCAACAAUCCACGCUCCUUUGAAUACUGUGCCAAAGUGUACAAGCAAUACUUCAUAGAUAGCAAGACGCCAUGUGUGGUGAUUGCCGCCAAGUCGGACCUGCACGAAGUACGGCAGCACUACAGCCUCUCACCGCACGAGUUCUGCCGUAAGCACAAGCUCCACCCACCCCAGCCGUUCACGUGCAGCACGACCGACGCACCCAGCAAAGACAUCUACACUAGACUCACCACCAUGGCCAUGUACCCGCACAUGGCUCAGGCCGACCUGAAGAACUCCACCUUCUGGCUCAGGGCGAGCGUCGGUGCCACGGUGUUUGCCGUGCUGGGCUUCGCCAUGUACAGAGCGCUUCUCAAACAGCGGUGAUCGGACAGCAUGAGACAGCUACUUCCUCUUCACAGUCCCUCUGUUGACUCUGACCCUUCCCUCCUUCCUGAAAGACUCAGACAGACUGGCUGACUAACCAACCGGACCCAUCGCCUCAGCCCCCAACUCCACCUCAUCCCCUUCCCACAAUCCAACACAGGCAAGAAACAAAUGAGCGAAAUCAUAGGUACAUUUUAUAUGCAUUUUAAAACUGAAGAGUGCGGUUAAGAUUUUUUUGUUAAUGUUGUGGGGAAAAAGGGGUAGCUUAUUUUGGAAAUUUCACUUGUCCAUCAUUCAAUUUGUAAAUGCUGACAUUCUGUGAUCUGUUGGUCUAGUCUAGUCCAGGUAAGACACCAUGGAUAUAGAAACGUAGAUACCUCAUUGACCACCGUAUCGUAUGUCAGCGUCGCCGACAUUGGUCCAGGCAAAACCGGCUUGUAAACACAUACAAGUGAACAGG